AUGCCGGGUAUCCACCCGCCUCCGCCGCCACCCGCGAGGCGGCACCGCCGACCAUUCAUGACGUCAUUCAUUGCAGACGUGCUCCCUUUUUUGCCCGCGAGAGAUGUACUUGUUUGUGCCGGUGUCUGCCGAGUUUGGAGGGAAGAAGCCAAUUCGCUUUCACUUUGGAGAGAGCUUCUCACAAACGACCCAGCCACCGCGAUGCAUGCUUAUCGCCGGCUGACGCUUCAUGCAAUUCAGGAAAUCGUAUUGCAGAGGGCUUCGAUGCCUGGGAUUGGAAAAAAUUAUUUAGAGUUUGGCUCCACUGCCGAUAGAGAUGGAAGUUUAAACCGUUUGGAGCAUACAUUGGAAACAGGACCGAGAUUUAUUUCAGAAAACGACUUCAGAAAAGAUUGUGGCGUUCGGGGAUUUUCUUUUGGAUUGCCAUUUUUACAAAUAGAGCAUAAAGAGAUAGCCGAGGCAAACCCUGGUAAUGGAGCAAUUGACUUGAGCUUUAAAAAAAGAGCUGGUUCAACGAUGAAGGUGAUGGAAUCCCUUCAAUUGCAAAUGAUGUUAUUGAAGGAACAUAUUUCCAAGUCCACACGUGUUCUAGAUGCUCUCCGUCAGCAGUUGCCAACUAGGGAUGCUGUUUUACUUCAUGAAGAAUGUUUUAGAAAAUGGAAAAGGCUCAAAAUAUUUGAAGAAUUGGUCGUAAAUUCACUUUAUUCAAGCACGGAAGGCUCACCUCCUAGUGGAAGGGUUCGAAACUUUGUACAGGCUGAAAUGGUGGCCAUUACUAAGGUGGGCUCACCAUUUUAUUUGAAGUGGUGCCGCUUCAAAAAUGUCCUUCCAUUAAAUGAUGCUUACUAUAACUACGUGGACUUUUUGUAUUCAUAUGGUCCUGGUAGGUUGUAUACUUUAAAGUUCUCACUUUUCGAGGAAACUGAGGGGAAAAAACUGAUUCGUUAUUUUUCGGCACUCCAAAAUACUGUUAACGACAUCAUUAGGCAAAAGAAUGAUGAGUCGAAAAACAUUUCUUGGGAUUGUCUUCUUCAACGCUUGGAAGAAAAAUGGGAUGUGUAUAACAUUGAUGCUGUGCGGGAAUCCAAUGGGAAUUGA